AUGACUACUUUGACUUCUGGCGGCAAUUCCGCCUUUCCCAACUACAAUGCUGAAUUGGCUCAUACCCAGGAUGCAAACGAACGUCGUCGUCUCGCACUUGCCCAGAUCGACAACGCCCCCUUUGGCUGGCGGCACGCUCGGGCGGUCGUUGUGGCUGGUGUCGGGUUCUUCACAGACUCCUAUGACAUCUUCGCUAUCAACCUCUGCUCAGCUAUGCUGGGCAUUGUUUACUGGCAAGAUGCCGUUUCACGCCCUGGAAAGAUUCCGUAUCACUCUGACACCGCCAUAAAAGUGUCUACCUCAGGGGGUACGGUCUUCGGGCAACUUUUCUUUGGAUGGCUUGCGGAUAUUGUGGGGCGCAAGCGGAUGUAUGGAAUUGAAUUGAUUAUCAUCAUUUUAACGACCUUGGCCCAGGCUCUCGCAUCGGACUCUCCUGCUGUCUCGAUCACCGGUAUCCUGGUCUUCUGGCGCGUACUCAUGGGGAUUGGUAUUGGUGGUGACUACCCACUGUCCUCCAUUAUUACUUCCGAGUUCGCAACGACCAGGCACCGAGGCGCGAUGAUGGGUGCAGUGUUCGCAAUGCAAGGGUUUGGACAAUUUGGCGCUGCGAUUGUUGCUCUGACUGCGACAGUGGGCUUCAAAGGAUCUCUGGAGUCUGCAACAUCUGUAGCGACGUGUUCAGGAGUCUGUCAACUUGCCGUUGACAAGAUGUGGCGCGUUGUGAUUGGAUUUGGGGCUGUUCCGGCGUGUCUUGCUCUUUACUACCGACUCACCAUCCGGAGACACCGCGCUACACCUUUGAUGUUGCUAGAGAUAUUGAAAAGGCGGGCGCUGACGUCCGUGCCUAUAUUGAGGGAAAGCAUGAAGGUCACCCGGAUGAGGUCAGGCGAAUCGCUGUUUUACAGGAUGAAGCCGUGGUUCUGGUCACCCCCAAAGCCGGUUGGUCGGACUUUUGGUCCCAUUUUCUCAAAUGGAAGAAUGGUAAGGUUCUACUGGGUACUGCGGGCUCAUGGUUCUUCCUUGACGUUGGUGUCUUUCUACGGUCUCGGUCUCAACAACUCGAUAAUUCUCACGGCCAUCGGCUGGAACGGUGGUAAGAAUGUUUACGAAUACUUUUACCGCAAUGCAGUCGGAAAUUUGAUUCUAAUCUGCGCUGGUGCGAUCCCCGGAUACUGGGUCAGCGUUGCGACCGUGGACUAUCUCGGCCGCAAGCCGAUUCAACUGAUGGGGUUUGUUGUUCUGACUGUUGUGUUUAUUGUCAUCGGCUUUGCGUAUGAACCUCUCAAACGGUCGAACAACGGUUUGCUUGGAUUAUAUAUCAUUGCUCAAUUCUUCUUUAAUUUUGGACCUAAUGCAACAACAUUUAUUGUUCCUGGUGAAUGCUUCCCCACGCGGUACCGUUCCACUUCGCAUGGGAUCAGCGCAGCAUCGGGGAAGGUUGGAGCAAUCAUCGCACAGUGUGUUUUUGGACCUCUGGCAUAUAAAGGAGCCAAGGAGGGCAAGGAUUCAUCGGAUACUCCCUGGUUGAAUCACGUAAUGCAGAUAUUCGCCUUGUUCAUGCUCUGUGGGUGUUCCACGUCCCUGUUAAUUCCCGAGACAAAACGCAAGACACUGGAGCUGAUGUCCGGAGAGGAUCUCGAAACAUCGUCGGAGUCUACUGGGGAGUCUCGAAGCCAGGUGGAGGCCAGGCCUGCCCAACCGAAGAAUGAGAAUACCACCAGUGAGGCAGAGAGACACGCGGAGAGCAAUGAAAAAUUGGUAGAUUUGUGUCCCGUUUUUAGCGGCAACCACCUCCCUCGCCUUCCGUAUACCUUCACUACUUUCAGAUACCAACACCAGCAACCCUCACCCACCACAAUGCCUCCACCCAACAAUCCAAACCAAAACCUCCCCCACCUAACAACAACCCUCGCCCACACAAUCCCCGAAGAAAUUACCUCCCUCCACCUGAUCUCCGACAGCAUCGCCCAACAACGCCAAACCGCAUCCCGCGCCAUCCUCUUCCACCCCCUAACCCUAACCCUGCUCACCCUCACCCUCCUCCUCUUCUCACAACACCUCUACCAAACACCCCCGGACUGGCCCCUCCUCGUAACAACAAGCACAGGUAGCAUAGCAACCAUCCUCCUAUUCACACGGUACACCACAAGAGGCUACCUCGACGAAGCAGAACGCAUUGGAACAUGGAGAUGGCUAUACAGCAACAACCACCAUUCCAAUUCAAACCCACCACCCAGCCACCGCCACCAACACCCCACUUCCAAAGACCCAGAAACUAGUGCCAGAGACAGGGAUCUAAUUCUCAUAUCCAAAUUCGGGGGCAAGAUCAUAGGCACGCUGGUUCUAAGGGCUUUUGACACCCUUUCUGAACUGGAUGAGCAUGUAUCUAUCCCCGAGAGAACGAAGAUGGAUGUUCUUGAGGAUAGGACUACGGUUGGUGUUAUUCGCGCUUGGACUGUAAGGUUGGGAUAUCGCGGCGUUGGGCUUGGGAGGGGCUUGUUGGAGGCUGCUGUUGCGGUUUGUAGGGAGAGGGGUUGGCGAGGGCCGGUCUUUUCAGAGAGACAUGCGAAUUCGAGGGUGUUUGGGUUGGGAGUUGGGGUUGGGACUGUGGGGAUGAGGGGGAGGGAUAGGUGGGCUUGGGAGGUUUUGGAUUAUGUUAGAAGGGGGUUUGGUGAUUGA